AUGACCUCUCCCACCUCCACCAAGUCCUCUUCCACCUUCACCUUAUGGAAUUCCACCUUCACGGUGUCCUCUUCCACCUCUACCGUGUCCUCUUCUGCCUUCACCUUGUGGAAUUCCACCUUGACGGUGUCCUCUCCCACCCUGACCGUGUCCUCUCCCACCUUCAUGUUGUCCUCUCCCUCCUCCACCAAGUCCUCUUUCACCUUCACCUUGUGGAAUUCCACCUUCAAGGUGUCCUCUCCCACCUUCAUGUUGUCCUCUCCCUCCUCCACCAAGUCCUCUUCCGUCUUCACUUUAUGGAAUUCCAGCUUCAUGGUGUCCUCUCCAACCUUCAUGGUCUCCUCCUCCACCUUGACCACGACCUCUCCCACCUUCAUGUUGUCCUCUUCCACCUCCACCAACUUCAUGGUGUCCUCUCCAACCUUCAUGGUCUCCUCCUCCACCUUGACCACGACCUCUCCCAACUUCAUGGUGUCCUCUUCCACCUUCAAGGUGUCCUCUUCCACCUUCAUGGUGUCCUCUUCCACCUUCAAGGUGUCCUCCUCCACCUUCACCAAGUCCUCUUCCACCUUGACCAUCACCUCUCCCACCUUCAUGUCCUCUUCCACCUCCAUCAAGUCCUCUUCCACCUUCACCAGGUGA